AUGAGGAUUGAUCUCCUGAAGAACAAGGCGCUCGAGAGACCUGCGCCUAUUGAAAAGAGCACGCUGCCACACAACCAAGAGAUUGCGCUCAAAAAGGUCUUUCUCACGACACGAUCACACUUUACUGUGAUUCUGUCCAGCGUCAGCGCUCUUUUCAAGACUCGCGUCAUGUCGAAAGUGCAGCUUUCGUGGCUUUUACUGGCAGCUCUGUGCUUCCGCGCCGAAGCCACCAUUCGUCUCUGCAACAAGACCUUCUUCAGCUGCCAAUGCGGCACGCCGGGUUACACGCUGCACGUCACAGUCAAACAGUGCAGCCACUUUCACGGGUUACAGUUCAAGGGCCGGCAAUGCAGCAAUCCAAAACCCGAGGAAGUGUGCCCCAGGCUCAGGAACUGCCACAGCGACGCCAAGGGCUGUUCCUCGUGUCCUCCUGGCCGUUUCGGCCACUGGUGCGAGGAACGUUGCCAAUGCCAGAACGGGGGAACCUGCCACUCGAAGACGGGAGCCUGCACCUGCCCACCCUCCUUUAGAGGCACCCACUGCGAGCUCUUUUCAGGAUGCACGCCGCUUCAGAUAGGCGCCAAUGUGCAGGUGACCAUGGACCAUCCCGAGACUCCGACGGUGGCCUACUUCGCCUGCGAGCGCGGCUUCUACCUGGUGGGUGCCACCAUCGCCACAUGCCUGGGGAACAGAGCGUGGAGCGAACCGAGCCCUAAAUGCGAACGACUGUCUUUCUGUCCGGACUUGGGCCGCGUGGCUAACGGUCGCUUCAAGAAGCAGCUCGUCUCCUUCGCGGUGGGCGGCGACGACACGUACGCCAACGGAAGUGCUGUGGAGGUGACGUGUGACGAUCGUUACGACCUUGUCGGGGAGCCUGUAGUCAAGUGCAGGGACGACGGGACAUGGUCGACUAGACUGCCUACUUGUCUCAAAGUCUCCGAAAACCAUGUCAACUGCACGACCAAAGCACUGGACGUUCUGUCAUCGUACACUGCACCUGUCAGGGCCUACUGUCCACCCGGUUGCGCGCGGAGUGGCACGGUGAUCGGAAGUGUAGUCUACCACCAGCUCUCGGCGUUUUGUCGGGCGGCUGUGCACGCGGGACGCCUCAACGACGCCGGCGGAAUCGUGGCUAUUAUGGCCAGCGGUAACUUCCCCUACUUCGGUGAAUCGCAGGCCAAUGGCGUCGACAGCGUCGGGUGA